AUGGCUUCACCCCAUCCUCCUCACGCGUUUACGAACACUACUUAUACCCUGCCGAACGGCUCCACUGUUGGACCAACUCCUGGUGCGACGCCGCUGCUACCAAACAACGGCAGGAUUAUUCAAAAUGGAGCUGUGAGGAUCCUCUGUAUCGCUGACGUACGAGGGAACCUCAAGUCGUUAAACGAACUCGCCAAACAAGCUCGGGCUGACCAUAUCAUCCACACGGGUGACUUUGGCUUUUAUGAUGAUAGUUCCCUCGAGAGGAUUGCAGACAAGACCCUCAAACAUGUUGCACAAUACUCUCCUCUGCUCCCAGAGCCUAUUAAACGCAGCGUGGCCCAGGUCCCCCCUCAGCAGUCCAUCAAGCAGCGAUUUAGCCCCGAACAGCUUCCACUCUCCGAACUACCCCUCCUCCUUAACAAGCAGAUGGCCCUCGACGUGCCAGUCUAUACCGUGUGGGGUGCCUGCGAGGACGUCCGCGUGCUGGAGAAGUUCCGUUCUGGCGAGUACAAGGUCGAUAAGCUACACAUCAUCGACGAAGCAAAUUCGAGGCUACUAGAUAUUGGUGGGGUCAAGCUUCGUCUGCUCGGUCUCGGCGGUGCAAUUGUUAUGCAUAAGCUUUUCGACAAUGGUGAGGGCAAGACGACGAUUGCUGGUGGACAGGGCACGAUGUGGACGACCCUGCUGCAGAUGGGAGAGCUGGUCGAUACUGCAAACCGCGUCUACGACCCCGCAGAAACCCGUAUCUUCGUCACUCACGCUUCCCCUGCCCGAGAGGGGAUGCUGAACCAGCUAUCCGUCACCCUUAAGGCUGAUUUCUCUAUCUCUGCGGGUCUGCAUUUCAGAUACGGAAGCUCUUACAAUGAGUUCAGCGUGAACCCAACCCUCGACCACUACCGUGGAAAACUGGCUGCGUCCAAGGCAUCCUUCAACGACGUCUGGGACACCGUCCGUGGUGAGGUUGAGUCGGCCAUAAACGCAAACGAAGCGCAAAAAACUUUAUUGGAUAACGCGCUGGACAUCGUCCAGAAGAUGCCCAGCAUUGCAAACGGUGGCAACCCGUUCGGCGGCCCCGUCACGGCGAGCAACGCGGGCGGCCAGGUGGAUGAAAGCGCUUUCAAGAACAUGUGGAACUUCAACUUGGCUGAUGCUGCGUUUGGAUACCUUGUUCUUGAUAUCGAGGGAGGCCGAAUUGGUACUGAAAUGCGCGCCCAGGGGUUCAAUUUCUCUCACCGUGGCGGCAAACCCACCACGACUAGCGCUCCACAGACCGGUGCAGCUCCUCCAGCACUCGCCAACCCGCCUAGUGCCACGGGAAGCGCAUCUGGAGGACCGGGUGGCCCUCCACAGACCCGCGUCGCACCACCACAAUUUGGACAGAUACCAGCGCAACCACCACGCAGCACUGGCAACCAGUAUCCUCCCCAAGUCCCUUCUACACAACAAGCUCAUCCAGGGAAGCAGCAGUCGCCUCUGCCACCUAAAUCUACUGCCUCACCAGCCCCCAUUGGCGCCAACAAGGAGAAACCAGCUACCCCCAAGCCGGUAACACCUCUCGCAGGAACUCCCGCACCGCCUGCUGUAUCCGCAGAGACGCCAGCAUCCGAAGCCAACGGUUCAGCCCAAACGCCAGGACAGGGAGACUCAAAAUCAGCCAGCUCUACUACGGACAAGAAACUAACCAGCGGCCUAUUCAUCUCUAACGUAGAGACCGAGGAAGCAGUCCGACAGCUAUGGCCAGAAGAGGACCGAGCAAAGAUCAUUAAGAUCGAAAAAUGGGGGAAAUUCAACUUCGUAGUUACCUUUGCUACACCAGAAGACUCCAAGCUUGCUCUUGAGAGGCAGCCACUGGAGCACAAGAAACCCAGCCCUGCUGGACCUAACCGGAAACCCAACAUCAAGGUUUUCGAGGACCGAGCCUCCCACCGCACCUCCAACCGUGAGGGCCAAGGGAAUGCCGGAACAUGGCAGGCGAGCAGCCGCGGUGGCUCGUCGGCAAACACACGCAGUGAUACCAGAGUGGAAGCGCAGCUAGUGACGGCGAAGGCGGCAGAGGCCGUGGAGGAUUUGGAGGACGCGGACGGGGCGGACGUGGCGGUGAGCGAGGCGGAAGGGGAUCAGGACGUGGUGGACGAGGCAUGGGAUUCAACAAGGGAGCAGCCGGCGAAUCGAGCUCUCCAGCAUCUACUCCAGCCCCAGGAGACAAGCCUACCACCUCGACGGCCGAGUCAUGAUUUAAUUCGCCCCUGA